AUGUCCGCUUCUAGCUCUUCCGCAGCCGAGGCGAGCUCCUCCCGGCCUCGCUCCCCUACUCGUAUACCUGGUCCCGUCGAGACGAGCAUACAGUCCAAGCUUGUUGAGACGUUCCAACCACUUCUUAUCCGCGUCACGAACGACUCGUCCAAGCACGCACAUCAUUCCGCCAUGCGCGCAAUAGGAGGUGGAGGUGGAGAGACUCACUUUGCCGUACAUAUGGUCGCCCCUGCUUUCAGCGGCAAAACGCCAAUAGCGCGGCAUCGGCUCGUCAACGCGCUGUUGAAGGAUGAAUUCGACACGAUGGGUUUGCACGCUCUGAGUUUGAGGCUCAAGUCGCCAGAAGAGUGGAAGAAGGAGGGCGGAGGGGAGAUUACGCCGUAG